AUGAACAGCUUGAACGACCUCCCCCUCAACAUGAACAGCUUGAACGACCUCCCCCUCAACAUGAACAGCUUGAACGACCUCCCCCUCAACAUGGGCAGCAUCAGCGACUUGCCUCUCAACAUGGGCAGCAUCAGCGACUUGCCUCUCAACAUGAGCAACAUCAACGACAUGAGCUUGAACAUGAACAUGGGCAGCAUGAACAACGCGGGCGAAAUGAGCACUAGCGCCGUGAAUAUGGGCAACGGUGGAGAUUGUAAUAGCAGGACGCAGCAUAUGCUGUGCAAGUACCUGAUGCUUGACAAAGAACAAAAGAACAACGCAGCGGCAAGGCCUGAUUUCUCAGGCAACAACAGGGACCUAAUGAGUGGCAAUAACAUGAUGGACGUUGGAGUAGACUGUGAACAGCAGGCUAACAUGGGCAACAAAAUGAUGAAGGAAAAGGAAAACCCCGACAGUAAUGUUAGCUGGGAAAAUUUCUCUCUAUUCGGAAAGGCCAAAAGUUUGGGUGCAGAGAAGGACUAUUUCAAAAUUUUCAAUUAUGGAAUGUGUAACAGUUAUGACAAGAAGUUGUUUGAAAACUACGACGUGCACAAGAGCGAAAUGGACAAAAUCGAUAAAUCCUUGUUUAUUCUUUAA